AUGCGCCACGCGACGACUUGUCCGGGGCGGUCUGGUGCUGGAGUACGACGUGAGUUAUGGCCAGAUAAGACUUACGCAAGUUACGUCCAGGAUGCACACCUCGUCAAGGCCGCAAAGAUUUUGGGACCUCCCACGACCUUCAAUGCGGCCAAGCUCAAGGUGGAGUUCGCCGGUGUGGAGCUGCGGAGCAACAAGCAGCCGCCUCCUUUCCCCGGAGCCUACACUCUGACCCACUGCGACUUCACGGCGAACCUGACGCUGGCGGUGAGCGGGCCCAUGACCAGCGAGCAGCUGGCAGUCGACGCUGCAGAGGGACGACGUGGUGGCAGAGUGGAAGGAGGUGACCACCGCCAGCAGCAGCAGCGCCGGGGAGAGGGAGAUGACGCUGCAGGUGCGUUGCUUCGUCAGCGGCGCCAACCUCCUGCAGGAGCUGGCCGCAGGUUUCAGAGAUACGUCUUCUCCAAAGAGCUGCCGCUGGUCCUCAAGGCGGUGGUUCACGGCGACGCGGCUCUGUUCGCGGAGCGGCCGGAGCUGAUGGAGGCAAGUUCCACCGCCGGCAUCUCGCAGGCUUCUCCUGCCGUGCACCCGCACCCGCACCCAUUGCCAGGGGAAGCAGGAGCGGCUUCCGCUUCUCCCACCACCACCUCCUCCUCGCUGUCGCUGUCGCUGUCACUGGUGGCGUCCACUUCCUUGUGCGCCUCCUCCUCCGGCUCCUCGUCGUCAUCGUCUGCGGCUUCAUCCUCCUCCUACUUGUGGCGGCGGAGGCCGCGUGAGCUGGUCCUCCUCCCCAACGCCAGCACCAGCAACAGCAUGUCGUCUCGGGAGUGGGACGUUGUGGUGCUGGACCCCAAGUCCAAGUCGUCCGACUCCGACCGUUGCAAGCCCAUCAGUGGCCGUGGCAGUGAAAGGCACAGGCUUGCAGCGCCCACGCCCAAGCGCGCGCGGUCGGUGUCCCCCUUGUCCGCCCGCCCGGCACCGCCACCGCCACCGGGCUCCUACGAGCAGCAGCAGCAGCACAAGAAGAGGAGGCAGAACACCGGCAGGCGGAGCACGACGGCAACACAGCGGGAGGUCGUCGCGCUCGCGCAGGCCAGGAACGAGGACAAGAAGAAGAAGACAGAGGUGAGCCAGAGCCAGAGCCUGAGGAGGAGAUUGGAGGCCAAGAUCUCAUCCUCAGCUCAUGCAGAUUCCACUACUGCUGCUGCGCUUGCGCAGGUGACGCCGGACGACGACCUCACCAAUCCCAUCAUCUCCAUGGAUUGCUUCAUCUUCCUCUGA